AUGGGGAAGGACCAGGGCUUCUCUCGGCACUUUCGGAUUUUCAUCCCGAAGAAGCAUCGGGCACGUUUCGACGAGGUGGUGUCCCAGGGGCUGCUAGGCAAGUUGUGCCGGGCUCGGCGCGCGCAGAGUGCGCAGCGACUGCGCCGGAGCCGCAGCGAGGAGCGGCCCGAGCGCCUCCUGGUGUCCACGCGCGCCAGCGCCCCACCACGCCGCCCCGAUGAGCCGCCCCCGCGCAAGGCCGCCUCGCUGCAGGGCGCCCGGGCCUGCCCUGGGGGCGCGCGCAGGACUGUCCGUAUCUACAAGGGCAACAAGAGUUUUGGAUUCACUCUGCGCGGUCAUGGGCCCGUCUGGAUCGAGUCUGUCCUGCCUGGGAGCCCAGCGGACAGCGCCUCCCUCAAAUCUGGGGACCGAAUUCUCUUCCUCAAUGGACUGGAUAUGAGGAGCUGCUCACAUGACAAGGUGGUGUCCAUGCUGCAGGGCAGUGGGGCAAUGCCCACACUGGUGGUGGAGGAAGGCAUCGUGCCCUUCCCCAGUGACUCAGAUUCUUUGGACUCACCCAACCCGGCGUCAGCGCUCACAGCACUGCAGUGGGUGGCGGACAUUCUGCCUUCCAGCAUCCGCGUACAGGGGAGGACCUUCAGUCAGCAGCUGGAGCAUCUGCUCACGCCACCUGAGCGCUAUGGGGUGUGCCGGGCCCUGGAGAGCUUCUUCCAGCACAGGAACAUCGACACCCUCAUCGUGGAUGUCUAUCCGGUGCUGGACACACCUUCCAAGCAGGUCCUGUGGCAGUUCAUCUACCAAUUGCUGACCUACGAGGAGCAGGAGUUAUGCCAGGAGAAAAUCGCCUGCUUUUUGGGCUAUACAGCUAUGACCGCUGACACGGAGCCGGAGCUGGUCUUGGAGCCAGAGCUGGAGCCAGAGCCAGUGCCGGAGCUACAGCCACGGAGUUCCUUGCGGGCCUCAUCCAUGUGCCGCCGCAGCCUGCAUGCCCAAGGCCUGGAGACCAGCUUUGGCUGUGGUGAGGGCUCAGGCCGGGCACGAGCCUCCUACACCAGUGCCGAGUGGACGAGACCGACUAUAUCUGGGGCAGAUGGACCCACCGAGUGCCCAGACAUGCCUCUCCCUCUGAUCCCCGGAGAGCGCCAGGCAGGUGAUGGCACAUCUCUCCCUGAGACUCCAAACCCCAAGAUGAUGUCAGCUGUAUAUGCAGAGCUGGAGUCCCGUCUGAACAGCAGCUUCAAAGGGAAGAUGGGGACCAACUCCAGGGCCCACACAUCUCCCCCCGAACACAGCCCUGUGAGCAUAGCAGGACCCAGGACCCUGUCCAACAUCUCCUGGCCUAGUGAGCGGCUGCUCCCCUCCUCCUGCUACUACCCGCUGUGCUCUGGAGGCCUGUCGUCCCCCAGCAGCUCCGAGUCUCACCCCUACGCCAGCCUAGACAGCAGCCGGGCACCCUCCCCGCAGCCGGGCCCUACUGGCCCCCUUCAGCCCGACAGUCCACCCAGCCCGGACCCUGUGCGCCCUCCCAGCCGUAGGAAGCUCUUUGCUGCCUCCCGGCCCGUGCGCAGCCGGGACACCGACCGCUUCCUAGAUGUGCUCAGUGAGCAACUGGGGCCCCGUGUCACCAUUGUGGAUGACUUCCUGAGCCCUGAGAAUGACUAUGAAGAGAUGAGCUUCCAUGAUGAGGACCAGGGCAGCUUCGGGCGCCCUGAGCGCAGCAGCGCCAGUGAGUACGUCAGCAGCAGCGAGGAGGGCAGUUCGCUCACCUACUCUUCCCUCUCCGACCAUAUCCCGCCGCCCCCACUCAGCCCCCCGCCGCCCCCACCGCUGCCUUUCCAUGACCCCAAGCCCAGUGGUGGUGGCAGUGGGGGUCGAACCCUAGAGGGGCCCCGGAGCACCGCUACUCAGACCCUGGCCAAGCCUCUCACCCAGCUCAGCCAACCGGUCCCACCACCACCCCCUCCCCCCUUGCCCCCACCCGUGCCCUGCGCACCCCCCCUGCUGGCCCGGGGUCUGGGCCACCGGCGCAGUGAGACCAGCCACAUGAGUGUGAAGCGUCUGCGCUGGGAGCAGGUGGAGAACUCAGAGGGCACCAUCUGGGGGCAGCUCGGGGAAGGUUCUGACUAUGACAAGCUGAGUGACAUGGUGAAAUACCUCGACCUAGAGCUGCAUUUUGGCACCCAGAAGCCUUCCAAGCCGAUGCCCCGGCCAGAGCCAUUCCGGAAGAAGGAGGUGGUAGAGAUCCUCUCCCAUAAGAAGGCCUACAACACCUCCAUCCUGUUGGCGCACCUGAAGCUGAGCCCAGCCGAGCUGCGCCAGGUACUCCUGAGCAUGGAGCCCAGGCGCCUGGAACCCGCGCAUCUGGCACAGCUGCUGCUCUUUGCGCCCGACGCUGACGAGGAGCUGCGCUACCAGGCGUUUCGUGAGGCGCCCGGGCGCCUUAGCGAGCCUGACCAGUUCGUGCUGCAGAUGCUCUCGGUGCCCGAGUACAAGACCCGCCUGCGCAGCCUCCACUUCCAGGCCACCCUGCAGGAGAAGACGGAGGAGAUGCGCGGCAGCCUGGAGUGCUUGCGCCAGGCCUCGAGGGAGCUUCAGGGCAGCCGCAAGCUCGCCAAGAUCCUGGAGUUCGUCUUGGCCAUGGGUAACUAUCUCAAUGACGCACAGCCCAAAACUACCAAGACCACAGGCUUCAAGAUCAACUUCCUGACCGAGCUUAAUUCCACCAAAACGGCGGAUGGGAAAUCCACCUUCCUGCACAUCCUGGCCAAGUCACUGAGCCAACACUUCCCGGAACUGCUGGGCUUUGCACAGGACCUGCCCACUGUGCCUCUGGCUGCCAAAGUGAACCAACGGGCACUGACUGCUGAUCUGGCUGACCUCCAUGGCACCGUGGGCGAGAUCCAGGCAGCCUGCCAGAGCAUGGCACCCUCUGGAGAGGACAGGUUUGCUGUGGUCAUGGCUGCCUUCCUGGACAUGGCGCAGCCAGCACUGCGGGCACUGGACGGGUUACAGCGUGAGGCCAUGGAUGAGCUGAGCAAGGCUCUGGCCUUCUUCGGGGAGGACUCAAAAGCUACCACCUCCGAGGCCUUCUUCGGCAUCUUCGCAGAGUUCAUGAGCAAGUUUGAGCGAGCUCUCAGCGAACUGCAGACUGGAGAAGGCUCUCGCAGCUCCGCCUGCAGCACCCCAGGCACCCUGUGUAGGUGGUGGGGACCCCCGCUGCUCAGCGCACCAGCUACCUCAGCGUCCCCUUCAGCUCAGACACCCGAGGAGCGGGCAUGA